AUGGAAGCACUGUCCAUGCUGGGCAGCCCCAAGGCCCGCCACGAGACCUUCCUGCCCAACGGCAUGAAUGGGGUCAAAGCCACAGGUCGAGUCCCCAUUGGCGUGAUUGGAAGCGGUGACUUCGCCAAGUCCCUGACCAUCCGGCUUGUGCGCUGUGGGUACCACGUGGUCAUCGGGAGCAGGAACCCCAAGUUUGCCUCAGAAUUUUUCCCCCAUGUGGUUGAUGUCACCCAUCAUGAAGACGCGCUCACCAAGGCCAGCGUGGUCUUUGUGGCGGUGCACCGGGAGCACUAUGCCUCCCUCAGGGGCCUGAGGCCCCUCCUGGCCGGGAAAAUCCUGAUUGACGUGAGCAACAAUACGCGCAUCAACCAAUUCCCGGAGUCCAACGCCGAGUAUCUGGCGUCCCUGUUCCCCGACUCCCUUGUCGUCAAGGGCUUCAACGUGGUGUCUGCGUGGACCCUCCAAGGGGGCCCCAAGGAUGCCAGCAGGCAGGUCUACAUCUGCAGCAACCACAUCCAAGCUCGCCGCCAGGUCAUCGAACUUGCUCGCCAGCUAGACUUCAUUCCUGUCGACCUCGGGGCGCUGUCGUCGGCCCGAGAGAUCGAGAACUUACCGUUGAGGCUGUUCGCCCUGUGGAGGGGGCCAGUGGUGGUGGCCGUGAGUCUGGCCACAUUUUUCUUCCUCUACUCCUUCGUCCGCGACGUCAUCCACCCGUUCGCGAGGAACCAGCAGAGCGACUUCUACAAGAUUCCCAUUGAAAUUGUGAACCAGACGCUGCCCGUCGUGGCCAUGACGCUGCUGUCUUUGGUCUACCUGGCCGGUCUGCUGGCCGCCGCCCACCAGCUUUACUAUGGGACCAAGUACCGGCGCUUCCCGGAGUGGCUGGAGACAUGGCUGCAGUGCCGCAAGCAGCUCGGGCUGCUGAGUUUCUUCUUUGCUGCCGUCCACGUCGCCUACAGCCUAUGCUUGCCCAUGCGCAGGUCCGAGCGCUACCUCUUUCUCAACAUGGCGUAUCAGCAGGUUCACGCAAACAUUGAGAACUCCUGGAACGAGGAGGAAGUGUGGAGGAUCGAAAUGUACAUCUCGUUUGGGAUCAUGAGCCUGGGCUUGCUGUCCUUGCUUGCUGUGACGUCCAUCCCUUCUGUGAGCAGCGCUUUGAACUGGCGGGAAUUCAGCUUCAUCCAGUCUACGCUCGGAUAUGUGGCUCUGCUCAUCAGCACUUUCCACGUCCUCAUUUAUGGGUGGAAAAGAGCAUUUGAAGAGGACUAUUACCGGUUUUACACGCCUCCAAACUUUGUCCUCGCUUUGGUCCUGCCCUGUAUUGUCAUCCUGGGGAAGAGUGUCCUCCUGUGCCCGUGUGUGAGCAGGAAGCUGCGGAGUAUUAAAAGGGGCUGGGAGAGGAGCCAGUUUGAGGAAGACACCACGGGGACUGCUCAGCAGUUCUCUCCCCAGAGGGUCACGGUGAUGUGAUGAAGCAAAGUCCUGCUACCCAAGUGGUCCAUCUUCCCUCACCUCUGACUCAUCCCUCUGCCUCUGGAGUUGGGGAAAGUUGGCUGCCAGGUCCUGCCGGGGGCUGCUCCACCCAGUUACCAUUUGUUUCAUUCUUCUUCCUGAGUCUUGGAUUUCACUGGGCUGUCAGCUGUUUGGGAGUAAGCGAAGAACCAGGAAUAGGGUUGGAAUUUCAGCGUCGUUCCGUCGUCACCUUGGUCAUCUUCGCCUUCGUCGUCAUUGCUUUCAUCGUCGUCGCCGUCCCUGUCAUUACCGAGCUCCUCAUCAUCGUCAUCUCUGGUGCUGUUGCCCAAGCGAUGGUCGCAGCGAGGUCAGAGCUCGUGCUGCUGCCAAGGAUGCCCUUGCCUGAGAAGGGAGGUGAAAAACCAGCCCGUCUAGUCACCUUUAAAGAUGUUGCUGUGUUCCAGACAUGGAGGUAUUUCUACCCAUAGGCCAUCCCACCAGGAACUGGAAUUCCUUGCCUGAGACCAUUCCAGCUGCCCAGCAGAAAGCCAGGUCAUUAGUACGGAAUAGGAACCGGGGGCAUUCUGUACGCUGGCCCAUUCCACCCUCCUGGAUACCCUCUGGCCUGACCUGCCGGUGUCCAGGAAGCUGGGAGAGGGGCAUGUUGUAUGUCUGCUUGCCGGCAGCCCAGGGGCACAUUGCUCAGAGAUGCCAUCACAGCCUUCCCAAUCUCCCACAAAGCUAGAUCAUUUGGCCUGGCUGGCCAGUCAACAGAGGGGCUGACAACACCCAGACGGUGGUCUGGUCUGGUCUAGUCUGAUCGGGGCAAAGCCCGAUCAUGGUGAUGGACGGUGCCUCUCUGGGAAGGCAGAGGCUGGCCAAGAGCUUGGGCUCCUCUGGCUCUUAUUCUUCCCAGGAAGGGUCUAUGGCCCCCCUCCCAAACAUGGGGCCCCCUCCCCCAGCACAGGAUCCUCCCUUCCCCAGCACAAAAACCCCCUUUCCCAGGGCAGGACCCAAGGCCCCAGCCUUCUGGAGUCAGGCAAGGAAUUGGGUUCUCAAGAGCAGCCCCAUCAACAAUACCCCUCAACAGCAGCCCCAUCCCUAGCAGUGGCUCUUCGGCACCCGGCUCCAAGACCCCGAGCCCCGGAUCAUUGCCACUGAGAGAGGCACUGCCGCUUUCUCUCCAGCACAGCCAGGGUCUAAGAGAAAAGCCCCCAAUCUCACCACAGCUGUGGGCCUUGGGCACCACAUGCCAGCCACAAGCCUUCUGGGCAUCCCUGAAACAGAUGUAUUUCCUGUCUCCUGGGCAGAAUCAGAACUGAAAAAUAUCCGCAGGCCAUCUCCACAACUCAUGAGCCCCUGAACCCUCCCCCUUCUCUCCAUCCUCCCCACCCAGGCCUUUGCUCUUGCAGCGUGGCCGUGUUCUGGGCACGGUACCAGUCUGAUGUUCAGCUCCCCCUGGCCCAUGCCUGCUGAAACACUGAGGGCUGGUGCGCCUCAGGAGGGGCUCCUCGCUGACCAAAAUUUCUCACUGAAGCUCACGGGCUCUCUCAGCCAGUGACGACCGAGGGCAGCAGAGAUGUGAGCUGCUGCCAAGGGUCAGUGGAGCUGGUUCCUUUGACGGUUUCCCUGAGCUCCGGCUUCGCGAGUCGGCCUCCCAAGGCCCGGCUGCUCUCCACUCUCCAGUGGGAACUGCAGGCCCAGCUGGGUUUGUUGGAGACCAGGGGUUGGUUCUCAGGCCCUCAUCAAAUUUUUCUCUCAUAUUUACUCAUGAACUCAGUCAUCCCUGUGGCUGUCCAUAGGUAAGGACCCAUUCGGUCUCAGAAAAAAAUAGGAAGUGUAAAAUAGCCCAUUGGCUUCUGACUCUCUAGUCAAAUUGGAACCAAAGUUGUGUUUGGGGUGACUCACGAGGUCCAGUGACACAUGUAAUUUGAGAUCUCCGGGGUUGCUCAGUGGGGAAGGUUGCUUCAUUUUUGUAGGUUUUUUUGAGGUUAAAUCAUUUUCAGAAAAAUUACGCCCUUCCCAAAGAUGGUUGUACAUUCCAAUGUUGCCUUUCUGGCUGGAUGUGAUUAUAGAGGAAGACUGCUGGAAAAUCAUGUGGUGAGAAUUGCUGAAUGUUUCCGAGACCCAUUUCUCCUGGCACAUCCCAGGAGAAACAGACAAUUUUCUGGAAAUUUUGAAAUUCCUUGGGCUUCAGGCUUUUGCAGGAACCAGAGCGAUUCAUCCUCACAGGAAAUAAGCCGAGACAAUAGUGGCUGCUCAGAAAGGGAUUGGGGUUGGUGUAUGCGGCGGGGACGGGGUUGGAUGAAGUGGGUGGAUUGCUGUGCCUCUGGACUCUAGGGGUGGGGCACACCAUUGAGGCUGGGUCCACUUUUCUAAGGAUGUGUACAGAGCAAGUCCUCUUGGAAGGAUAAACGGAUUCCAUUUGUUAUAUUUAGCCGAGUCAUUAUCUGCUGUUUGUGCUACACAUGGGAGUCCCUAUCGAUCAAAUUCUCUUGCCAAACCGAGCAACCGCUUUAUCACCAGUGGGCGUGGUCUCGUUACUUGGGAGAUGUUAUCCCGGUAGAAAACAGACAGCUAUUGGGAAGAUGGGCAGUGCCAAGGUCCAUCAGGAAACCGGGCUUUCCGGCAUCAAAUGAGUAGGGAGUGGGAAGCCCGAAGGCUGCAGGAAUGGGAGCUGGUACUUUCCUGGAAGGUGGUACAGUGUGACCGGAGCAUCAUGGUAGCGUUUGUCUGAGCUGUGCCCCCUUUGAGGGGCAAGAGUAGCAGCCUCUUUUUACUGAAUGAGUGCCACAGUGCCAUGCUGUGUUGUUGCCUGCAUUGCAGUGCUGCGAUGUUGCAGUGCUGCAGUGGGUGCUACAGAUGAUGGUUCAGAAAACACUGCCCCAUGUUGAACAGCUAGACAUGGUGUCUGGGGCCUGUGAGCUGUGAUUUCCUUUCCAGUAUCAGAGCAAAUGCUGUACCCCUCAUCCUUUCCCUUUCCUCUAAGGGUUAAUUAACCAUGGCUACCGAAUCAGUCCUGGUGUCCCAUUCUCGUCUGGAAAAUGUACAUUCUACCGAGCAUAAAACAUCCUAACACUCCAGAGUUUUCUUUAUUAGCAUCUCAGUUUGUGACUGUGUUAGUUUCAGCUGCUCUGUGCGUGAUCCAGACUGAGUUUGUGGUGCGUCGGCCGGAAAAGGGGUGGCCGUGUUGAUGCGGGUUGGUGAUUCCUUUCUGGGAAAUUUGGUGUGUGUUUAGGGGGCUCUCAGCCAUCAGGAGGAGAAUGGCCGGGCCCCAGUGAGGUUGGACAGCAGGAGGGGCCCGCUGUUAGCUGGGCAGAAGACGGCCCAAGGGAAGUUCAGAGACUACUGAGGUGCUUAAACAGCCCCAAACAGGGAGAAACAUGAACAAACACAUGAACGUGUGGGCAACGAUUCAAGCCGAAGGGCCCAGUGAGCCUGGAGACGCCGAGAAACAGGACCAUCGGGAUGGGAUCAUCGACAGAGCAGCCUGCUCCUGGCCCACAGGGGAUCGGAACCUAGGCCCCAGCACAGCGCUGCCACCCCCAGCCACUUGGGAGGGGUCCUCAAUUGGUCACGUCCGGCCGAUACGAGACUGUGCCCCUCCUGUGGCGUUUGUCUCCUUGAACGGUCCUAAUGCUUGGAGCCGGUCAUGUGGCUGUUACUUGGUUGACCGGGACUGUCCGAGUUCAGUAGUUGUAAAGCUACACGUGGGUCCCCCAUUCUGCUUGGCACAGAUCCAAUAAAGGGUUCAAUCAACUACAA